CUGACUUCAAUUUGUGUACUGAAUGAACUGAAUUAGUGUGUGCGUGUUGUAUCAUCGGCCCGAUCGAGAAGAUGUCGAAGCUCCAACUCCGGCCGCCUCUGUUGGCUACUCUGCAUUGCAGCUUGCUCGUGCUCCUCAUCAUCAAUGGCGCCGCCGCUGCCGGCAAGACCGGCGAGCUCACCGUCAUCUGGGGCCGGAACAAGGACGAGGGCUCAUUGCGUUCGACCUGCGACACCGGCCUCUACACCACCGUCGUCAUCUCCUUCCUCACCGUCUUCGGCCACGGCCGCUACCGGACCGACCUCGCCGGCCACCCGCUCGCCGGCGUCGGCGCCGACGUCAAGCACUGCCAAAAGGCCAAGAACGUCACCGUCCUCCUCUCCAUCGGCGGCGCCGGCGACCAGUACUCGCUGCCCACCGCCAAGUCGGCGCAGGACGUGGCCGAACACCUGUGGCACGCCUACCUCGGCGGCGGCCGCAGGGGCGUGUCCCGCCCGUUCGGCGACGCCGUGCUCGACGGCGUCGACGUCUACGUCGACCGCGGCCGGUGGGGCCACUACGACGAGCUCGCCAGGCGCCUGAGGAGCUUCGGUCGCGAGAAGCCGGCAGUGCGCCUGACGGCGUCGCCGGCGUGCUCGCUGGCGCUGUUCGACGACGAGGUGGAGACGAUGAAGACGCUGUCGCUGUUCGAGCGGCUGCACGUGCGGUUCUACAACGAGAGCUCGUGCGACUACAACUACUUCGAGACGCGGCCGUUCUGGGGCGCGUGGAGGACGUGGACGUCGAGGUUCCCGGCGGCGCGGGUGCAGGUGGGGUGGCCGGCGAUGGAGGAGAUGAGCGGGUUCGUGGACCCGCAGACGCUGCGGGAGAGCGUGCUAUCGUCGGUGCAGGACGAUGCCAACUACGGCGGCGUCAUGCUCUGGGAUCGCUACUACGACAAGAUCACCGGAUUCGGCCGUGCCAUCAAAGACAUUGUCUAAUUGCAAUGUUACUCCAGUGUUUAUACUACAUGGUUCACUGUGUUGUUUACCAACCUGCAUUGCGUCAUCUGUUACUAUCUGUACCCGUCUACUGGCAUAUGCAUGUUCGUAUGGGUCAGGCUUGAAAGUAGUAUGAUUAUGUUAAUUUAGUUUUGAAAUAUAAAAGAAUCCAGCAUGUUUCACUGUGCUGUUUACCAUA